UCGAAAAAGAUUAACACGAUCGCAGAGUGACAAAAAAUAUAUAACUAAAAUGAAUAUCGUUCUAACAAAAAUGAUGUGGAAAAGCGGAACUAGGAUUAACCAGUAUUUGUUUGCGAUUUUAAUAACGAUACCGCUGCUGAGCUUCGGAAUGAUCCAGGGCUGGUUGUCGCCGAUGAUCGCCUCGCUCCAGUCCCCGGGUGGGCCCUCGCCGGAGCCGUACAACAGCAAUGACAUUUCCUGGGUGACCUCAGUCACUUACAUAUCGGCGAUCAUCCUUGGCGCCCCAAUGGGCCAUCUCACCGACAAGUACGGAAGAAAAGUCAUGACCUUAGCUACGACACUUUCGCUUAUUAUAUACUGGCAGAUCAAACUGCUGUGUCUGGAGCCGUGGGCGCUGAUAAUGGCGAGGGCAAUCGCUGGGAUACCCUGCUCGGCGUGCUACAUAGUCCUGCCUAUUUAUUUAAAAGAAAUAAGCGACAUUGACUUGAGGGGGGCUCUGGGAUCUCUCCUCAUAUUAAAUAGAAAUAUAGGUUACUUGGCAAGUUACGUGGGCGCCGAUCUACUGGCAGUCAGCACGAUGCUAUGGCUCGGACUCAUGGUGCCCGUAAUCGUCUUCUUCAUCUUCCUGAUCAUGCCGGAGACACCGGAGUUUCUCGUGAAGCAGGGGAAAGUAGAUGAGGCCAAAACAGUGCUGGCGUGGCUCCGAGGUGUCUCCGUCGUAAACAGAGCGGUGGAGCAAGACAUAGACAACAUUGUAAGCGUAGAGAAGCAGACGAAAAUCGACGCAAAAUCCGUUUGGGGAACGAUUUUACACGACAGGCCGACGUUCAAAGCGUUCAUAAUAACGUUGGUCAUCAAAAUAACGCAACAGUUCGACGGGUACUUAAUAGUGCUUAUAUACGCCGGCUUCGUCUUCAAGAAGGCCUCAGAUUCGGUAACGAUACCAUUGACGCCGAACAAACAGGUCAUGAUGAUCGGAGUCUUGCAGCUCUUGGGAUCGAUUUUGGCCACUUGCAUCGUGGAGAAAACUGGGCGGAAGCUUCUGCUAGUUUCAACGUCGUUCACUGUCGGCGUUGGGAUGGUGGCCUUAUCCGCCUGGUUCUAUAUGACUUCGUUGGGCUUCUGGCUGCCGGGCUGGGUCCCGGUGGUCGCCAUGUGCGUGUGCAUCUUCGCAGACGCGGCGGGUUUCCAACCAAUCUCAUACAUUAUUAUAACGGACUUAUUCACUUUUCAGUUACGAGGCACAGUGUCAUCGUUCACGAACAUUUGCGCCAAAAUAAGUAAUUUCAUACAAAUGAAAUGGUUCACCGAUAUAUGUAACCUCGUCGGCAUCCACUGGACUUUCUUGUUCUUCGGUGUGGUAUCGUUCGGUGCGUGCAUAUAUACAAUGGUUCGUUUCCCAGAAACAAGACAGAAGACUGUCGCCGAGAUAUACUCUAAGUUGUCGGGAAACGAUGAGGAGAAAGAUGAAAACAAAACUGAGGUUAUACCGUAGGACGAUAGUCGAAAUAUCUAAUAAUUCUGUUAAUUUUAUAUUGUCAUAUUUUUGUUUGUAAAAUAUAUUUUAGUUGAGAAUCGAAUUUGUUUCCGAUUCUAGUAAGUCGAGGCAUGUUCGCGACCGAACCCAGUGCCUCUAGAUAUAAAAAAAUAAGUGUUUCAUUUUAAAAAAAAAAUUGUAUGGUACCUAUCUACUAUCUAAAUUUUGUAUGGAGGUAGGUACAUACCUAUGUACGUUUUUCGCUAUUUUUGAAUCUUUA